GUGAAAAAAGCAGAAUAAGGGUUUCAUGGCUAAUGCUUAAUGAGGCAAUAUAAGUUUAAUUAAAGUAAGGUGUGACGUUCAUCCCCACGUAAUCACAACUGUGUCUGAAGCAUCACGUAUCCACAAAACAACCGUGUGUGAAGCAUUGGGAUACAUGUUAGGUUCAUCCGUGGUUCUCUGCUUAAGUGACAAAGUAAGUUGAUCAGUUCUGCACAUAAUUCUGUACAGUUUUUGGAAAAGAGUAAUUUAAUGUGAUGUGAUGUUUCAUAGACUGACUUGCUCAAGUGAGCAAGGUUGACGUAAAUAUACUUUACCACAAUGCUUGCUUUUAGUUACAUUAACUUAUGCAUUUUAGAAGCUGUCAAAUUGAAGUUGCAUUUGUUUCAGUGAACAACUCACAGAAUUUAACAGCAUCAGAGGAGAAGUACUGGUCCAGAGUUGAGAAAUCUGUGCUUGGUCCUAUUCUCAGCAUGGAGAUGAUACUGGGUGUUCUGGGAAAUGGACUGGUUCUGGUAGUUAAAGUAAUGUGUAAAGAUCAUUUUAAGUGCAUUUACUGGCUGCCAUUUGUCAGCCUCACACUUUCAGAUUUCUUCUGCUCUAUCCUGAUCAUCUGUGGCUCGCUCUUGGCUGUGCUGACUGAAGGUCAGAUCUCACCGUGGUGUGAGCUGGUCAGCCUGCUAAAAUUCACCUUCAUCACUUCUUCGAUCGGAAGCUUAGCGGUUCUCUGUGUUCAGCGUUUUUUGGGUAUACCCUCUAAAGGUAAAGGGCUGUCAUAUGUCAUGACAAUAGCGUGUUUGGCAUCAUGGUGUACUGGAUCUGUAUUCGGAGCAGUGCCAGUAAUCUAUAAAUGGAUAAAGUUUGAUCCUGCAGAAAUGCUGUGUGCCGUGUUCUGGGAAAGCAGUUACUCCGACAUGCUGGUUUACAUCCUAUGUGCCUUCUCCAUCUCUAUGUUUAUUCCAUUAAUUGUCAUACUAUCCUGCUGCAUCCUGACGUAUGCAGGCUAUGGGAAAGACUGUUCAAGCCAGGGUGACCUGUCCUCCGUCACUGCACUGCUGGUGAUUUUGUAUCUGUUCUGCUAUGCUCCAUUUACUGCAUCUGAGUUGAUUCUUCUGGGAAGGUUUGACCUGUCUCCUUCCCCUGAAUGGCUGAGAUCCCUGUCUUCAGUCAUGGCAUAUCUGGACUGCUGUUUGAACCCCUUCAUCUACUGCACAAAUAAAGAUUUCCGAGAGGCAGUGCUCAUACUACUGUGGAACAAUAAGAAAUCAUGUCUUUCUGAGCCAGUGUUGACUGGCAUUAAGAAACUUGAAACAUAA